AUGUCUCAGGCUGUGAAGGCCACAGCCACGGCGGCCGUGAACCCAGGGCCAGAUGCCAAAGGGAAGGGGGCCCCCCCGGCAGGACCAGCCCCCGGCUCCGGCCCUGCCCAGGCCCCAGCCUCGGUGCCCUUGCCCGGAGCCAAAGCGGGAGACCUGCCUCCUGGGAGCUACAAGUUGGUGGUCUUCGAACAGGAGAACUUCCAGGGCCGCCGCGUGGAAUUCUCGGGGGAGUGCGUGAACCUGGGCGACCGCAGCUUUGACCGAGUGCGCAGCCUCAUUGUCACCUCGGGACCCUGGGUUGCCUUUGAGCAGUCCAACUUCCGUGGGGAGAUGUUCGUGCUGGAGAAGGGAGAGUACCCACGCUGGGACACCUGGUCCAGCAGCUACCGCAGUGACCGCCUCAUGUCCUUCCGGCCCAUUAAGAUGGACUCCCAGGAGCACAAGAUCUGCCUGUACGAAGGUGCCAACUUCAAGGGCAACACCAUGGAGAUCCAGGAGGACGACGUGCCCAGCCUCUGGGUCUACGGCUUCUGUGACCGCGUGGGCAGCGUGAAGGUCGCCAGUGGAACGUGGGUUGGCUACCAGUAUCCCGGCUACCGCGGGUACCAGUACCUCCUGGAGCCUGGAGACUUCCGGCACUGGAAUGACUGGGGGGCCUUCCAGCCACAGAUGCAGGCCGUGCGCCGCCUGCGCGACCGGCAGUGGCACCGCGAGGGCUGCUUCCCUGUGCUGGCCGCCGAGCCCCCGCAGUGA